GGCUAUGCCAAUUUCCAUCUCAGUUCACAUCGCAAUGUACACCACUCAGCCACGCACUUCGGCAAAUAUCGCCAAACGACAAAAUCAACGGAUCGUGUUCGAUGUCAUUGCCAGCACUGAGCAUUUGCCCAAUUUCCAUGGGAAAUCUUCCAACCGCAGCUGUUCCCUACCCUUGGAAGAUGAAACGUAUCUGGAGAAAAUGUUAGAAUUCGAAGUGAAGCAAGACGAUGUCUACGUUGUGACAUUUCCAAAAUGUGGCACAACAUGGAUACAGGAAGCCACCUGGUUGUUGGUGAACAAUUUGGAUUAUGAGGCUGCCAAAAAGCAGCAAUUGAUGCGCCGAAGUCCAUAUAUGGAAUUAAAAGGCUUCUAUGGUGGAAUCCCAUUUGACACCUUAGAGGCAGCCAAGCAUACACCCUCGCCCAGGGUACUCAAGUCACAUUUGCCCGCAUACCUAGUGCCCAAAGAGAUAUGGAGUAAAAAAGCCAAGGUUGUCUACUGUGCCCGCAAUCCCAAGGAUAUGGCGGUGUCCUUCUAUCACUUUCACAGUGGCCUUGGCACCUGGGAGGGUAGCAUCGAUGAAUUUGUGGAAGAUCUAAUUAACAAUGACAUCAUGUAUUCGCCAUAUUUCGAUCACAUUUGGGAUUUCUGGCAGCUGAGGAAUGAGGCGAAUGUUUUCUUUACCACCUAUGAGGCAAUGAAAAGAGAUCUCCAAAAGGUCAUUGUUGAUUUAAAUAAAUUCCUGGGAAGACAAGAGCUCAGCGGAGAGGAGCUGAACACACUGUUGAACCACUUGUCCUUUAAGAGUAUGAAGGAAAACAGUUCGGCCAACCCCACCGAGCUUAUUGUCACCAGCCAUGCCAGUAAAAAAGUGAAACCUGGAUUUGAAUUCAUGCGCCGUGGCAUUGUGGGUUCCUACAAGGAUGAGUUGUCUGUGGAGACCCAAGAGAAGCUGGAUAAAUGGAUAGCUGAAAAUUUGCGAAAAUAUAAUUUUACUUUAGAGGAAAUAUUUGGAAAAAUCUAGAAUAGAAUUAAGAGUGCAGUGGGUACUCCAUGGACCAUAA